GAUUGCAGAGCAAGGAGGGAAGCUUGAGCUGUUUGGAGAACAUUAUUUUCUUUUUUGUUUCUGAAGGAACACAGAACAUGUUUAAACUCCUGUUUUUGAUGAUGGCUCUCGAUGUUGGGGGCCAGUUGGUUUCAGGUCAAUUGUCAGCAUCCAAAGAAGGGCAAAUUGUCAGUCAGAUACAGGAGACCAAUCAAGCUCUGUCUGAAAUCAAAGAACUCUUAAAGCAACAGAUAAAGGAGAUUAUUUUUCUGAAGAACACGGUCAUGGAGUGUGAAGCAUGCGGGAUUCGGAAUGACCGGGUCGCCCCCACAAAGCCAACCCCCCGACAGACCUGUGUGCCGAGCCCGUGCCACCCUGGCGUGCCGUGCGUGGAGACGGCUGCAGGGUUUAAGUGUGCCGCCUGUCCCAACGGCAUGCUGGGAAACGGAACACACUGCACUGAUAUUGAUGAGUGCACUAUGAGCCCCUGUCACCCCGCUGUGCGCUGCAUUAACACGGCUCCCGGAUUCCGCUGUGGCCCUUGCCCUGCUGGAUACUUGGGGCCCACCUUGGAAGGAGUUGGCCUGUCCUUCGCAAGAGCAAACAAGCAGGUUUGCAGUGAUGUGGAUGAAUGUGAGAACGGACACAAUGGGGGCUGUGUUGCCAAUUCUAUCUGCUUCAACUCACAGGGAUCUUUUAGUUGCGGCCCCUGCAAAUCAGGAUAUAUUGGAGACCAGAGACAAGGCUGUCGGGCAAAGCAGGGCUGUAUGAAUGGACAGGCCAGCCCCUGCCACAGGAACGCACAGUGCAUCACUCAGAGAGACGGAGCGGUCACCUGCACUUGUGGUGUUGGAUGGGCAGGGAAUGGCUUCAUGUGUGGAGAAGACACUGACAUUGAUGGAUUCCCUGAUGAGAAGCUGUCGUGUCCGGAGACAUUCUGUCAGAAGGAUAACUGCCUGACCGUGCCGAACUCAGGCCAGGAGGAUGCGGACAGUGAUGGGAUUGGAGAUGCCUGUGAUGAGGAUGCUGAUGGAGACGGGAUAUUGAACACGGAGGAUAACUGUGUGCUGGUCCCCAAUGUGAACCAGAGGAACGUGGAUCAGGACGACUUUGGCGACGCCUGCGAUAACUGCCGACUCAUUAACAACAACGACCAGCAGGAUACUGACAGGGACAGCAAGGGGGACGCCUGCGAUGAUGACAUAGACGGGGAUGGAAUCCGGAAUGCUCUUGAUAACUGUGAGAAGAUUCCGAACACGGAUCAGCGGGACAGAGACGGGGAUGGAGUUGGGGAUGCCUGUGACAGCUGCCCUGAUGACAGGAAUCCAGACCAGCUGGACGUGGACAAUGAUCUUGUUGGAGACUCAUGUGACACUAAUAAGGACAGUGAUGGGGACGGGCACCAGGACUCUCUGGAUAAUUGCCCCAUCGACAUCAACAGCUCCCAGCUGGACACGGACCGGGACGGGCUGGGAGACGAGUGUGACGACGAUGAUGAUGGAGACGGAAUUCCAGACGAGCUUCCUCCCGGACCUGACAACUGCAGACUCAUUCCGAAUCCCAGGCAGGAGGAUUCCGAUGGGGACGGUGUUGGUAAUAUAUGCGAGCAUGACUUUGACAAUGACACAGUUAUAGACACCAUUGAUGUGUGUCCGGAGAAUGCUGAGGUCACACUGACAGACUUCCGAGCCUAUCAGACAGUGAUCCUUGACCCUGAAGGAGACGCCCAGAUUGAUCCCCACUGGGUGGUUCUCAAUCAGGGUAGAGAAAUUGUUCAAACGAUGAACAGUGACCCUGGACUGGCAGUUGGCUACACUGCCUUCAACGGGGUGGAUUUUGAAGGGACGUUUCACGUAAACACAGUCACGGACGACGACUACGCCGGAUUUAUUUUCGGAUACCAGGACAGCUCCAGUUUCUAUGUGGUGAUGUGGAAGCAGGUGGAGCAGAUCUACUGGCAGGCUAACCCUUUCAGGGCAGUGGCUGAUCCUGGGAUUCAGCUCAAGGCUGUGAAAUCGAAGACUGGCCCUGGAGAAAACCUACGAAACUCUCUGUGGCACACCGGAAACACACCGGAUCAGGUGACGCUCCUGUGGAAAGAUGCUCGAAACGUGGGCUGGAAAGACAAGACGUCCUACCGCUGGUUCCUACAGCACCGGCCACAAGAGGGUUACAUCAGAGUGAGGUUUUAUGAAGGCCCUCAGAUGGUUGCAGACACCGGCAUCAUCAUUGACACGACGAUGCGAGGAGGCCGUUUGGGAGUCUUCUGUUUCUCACAGGAGAAUAUCAUCUGGGCAAACCUGCGCUACCGCUGCAACGACACUCUCCCUGAAGAUUUUGACACAUACAGAACUCAACAGGUCCAAUUCCAGGGUUGAAGAUUGGACAGACAGAACAAGGCUGACAAUCCUUUAAAAUCGCAUUUUUAAGCAACUCACCAGUCUGUUUUUGGCAAAGUUAUAAAACCAUUAAAACUAAACACAUUAGUAUAUUGCUGCUGGUUAAUUUGUUGCCAAUUCUACCCUGUUCACGGAACUGUUUGUAUCAGAUUAUGUAAUGAAAUGUUUGUUUCUUA